AAAAGGCUUCGGUCGUCCAACAGAGUUCGACGUUCAAUUGUCCCUGACCGUCAUGUCGAACGACCGCACCCGUUUGUUUAUCGCUGCAGGAUGACAAUGAGUCAGGAACUUCCAAAAGCUCUGACCAAGUUUGGAAGUGACAUUUUUGUCAGUCUUGUACCGUAUGGAUUUGCUGACAUGAAAAUUGGACCGAACGGCAGUGUGAACUUCUAUUGCCACCAUGGUCCUGACGAGUGUAUUGGAAACGCAUGGCAUGCAUGUAGUCACUUCUACAUGAGCCCGAAGGAGCGCCUUGAGUAUGUAAUAUGUACCAUGACGGGUUACAGGAUGCAACUGCCGCGUGCCUUAAAGAAGUGUACAAGUCCAGGGAUGGCGGCUCAACUGGAAAAAUGUGCCAAAGGUCCACAGGGAAUAGCACUUGUUAAACUGAUGGCAGACAUUAGUCAAAUGGCGGGUGCCAUCGUAAGUCCGAAUGAUAGCGUUGUUCCAUGGGUGCCCUACUUCUUCAUCGAUGGGCGUCCGGACAACGACUCUCACAAUACCAAGAGUUUGACAGAGCUCAUAUGCGAGAAAGCUACAAACAAACCUCAACAGUGCCUGGACACGAAAACUCGACGCUGAAUUUGGCAACGCUAACAUAAAGCAAGAUUAUCAAAAUAAAAUAACACAAUGAAACGUAUAGUGGCGGUAAAUUUAGGCAUUUUUUCACACUAAACACGUUCGAGGUUAAUCGUUUGUCUAAAGGUUCCAUUCCGUAUGGACGUGUUGCCGCUUACAACGGUAAGCAAUAAUGAACGAAUAUAUUGAUUUAUGUAUAUUUUUUUCAUUCUCCACGGAGGCGAUGAACUACAUUUUCUUAAGUUCAGAACCAUUUUAUAGUCAUACCCUUCAGAUCUGUUCAUCCAUAUGUGACAGCAUUCGACUUUUGUCCUGACGCUAUUUCUAAAGAUGUCUCGUGUCGAAAAAAUCGAUAUUAAUUUUACGUCUUGUCCUUAAACAUCUGGAUUAUUCCCCGAAAUAUAGAUCAAUAUCGACCUUCUAGUAUUUAAAGUGCAGGUUUCUUAAGACAUAUUUGAAUUGGAAUCUUCCUUUGUGCGGAAGGCUAAUUAAAUUUACAGUAGGACAAUAGAACUGUCUGCAGUAUAUAAAAUUUAAGAACAAUCUAGAUCCUGUUUUCCCUUUCUAUUUAAAAAAAAUGCGGAUUUUUUUUGCCGCCAUAGUAUUUCGAAAUGAGUCUUUGGUUUAAAGUGAAGCAUUUGGAGCAAGAAUAGAUGCGGCGCGAUGGAAAUUCGAGCCUGACUCUGCGACUUGCCGAACCAUUACUAGAACCAUUGAUCUACAGUGCCGACUUCUAUUUAGGUAUUUAUUCAGAUUUCAAGUUGAUGUACUAGUUAUGAAUUGCCAUUUAAAAAUAAUGGGAUAAUUUUCGUUGCAAUAACAGUGCUAUGAAUAGUAGCACGUAUGUGAAAAGAGCCUCUCUGAUACCAAAAAUAUCUGUAAAUUAGAUAGUAUAUAAUACAUGUAGUUCGUAUAAUAUGCAGCUCCCUCUGGUACACCAAGAAGAAAAGCCUGCACUAAAUAGAAAAAGCUAGAACUAAACAGAUCGGAGUCCAUUCAACCGUAAAUGAACUAUAUUCUCCUUCGUGCCGUCUGGUGAUCCGCCCUGUAUGUAUUUACAUAUGCAACAAGCGUUUGACCUUCAGUUGAGGCCCCCAGGGAAUAUGCAAUCAACCAUGAAAGUGAACAUGUCACAUGUGUUUGCUACUAGCCUUCUGUUUGCUGUGUAUAAAUGCCAAAUGCCGAAAGACAUAGGGAGUUAGUCCACUUAUUUCCGCCGAAUUAUUUCUAUUUAUGUUUAUUAUGAUAAGCUUGUUUCGAUCCGUCUCGUCGACUGAGCCGUUAUUCUGUGGGCGGCGAUCAGCCGGAUAGAGUAGCCCACAGAAGCGGAUUGAAUCUAAUUCCGACGCCGACUCGAUAAGCUAGAAGUUCUGCAUGCAUACGAGAGCGCUCGGUGGUCACGAAUGAAUUACACCUUGGCUCAUGCAUGCAAUAACCACUAAGUGAUGCUCACUAUUGAAACUGAAAGUUUCAGUUGAUUCCGCCAGCACUCACAGUGCGCUACUUACUGCUUUUGGCAAGAACAAACGAAACAAGCCAUAGCUAUAGAAAAUUAGGAAAUCGACAUAUUGGAAUGCAUUUCUUUGCAUCCUUUUGGAAAGCUCGAUAACUAGCUGGGUCCAGAAAUAAAAAAAAAACAUGUUAAAAAUAUGUAAAAUAAAAUGCUAGCGUUCGAUAGCAUUAAACGGAGCUGUCAUGAUAUUUACUGUGGAAGAUAGCGCAUAUCUAUUUCAGUAGAGGAAUUAAAUGAUUGAAAACAACUAAACAUUGACUAGUUGAUCCUUUGACAGUGGAAGGCGAGACAUUAGAAAUCUGAUUAAGCCAUUAUGUGGACAUACUGACGGACAGGGACACGGCCAACUUAUAUGUUUCGAGUUUGACGUUCGGUAUCGUUUUUGGGCAUUUUAUCAGGCACUCUGCCAUCAAGAAGGAAGGUGAUAUUUGUAAUUAUAAAACUCGUUGUUUGUCCCAGCAAGGUUAACGUGCUUUCCUAAUAUUCUAGACGAACGCGUUGCAUGAUUAGUUGAUCUAUCCUUUUUGAUGGAAGAAAGUAUUAUUACGAUAAGCUAUGAUCAAUAAACACUGACGUCUGCUAAUUCUGGGAUUUAUUAGGCGAAUAAGUUGUUUUCACAAUGUCUUGCAAUUGACAUUGAUCCAGCGGUAAUACGAAUGACUUGCUUCCCCAUAUCAUCGAACGGUACCUCGAAAGCAACUUUUUUUACGUUGCUGAUAAUUUUUGGUUUUAAGAUGUACAGCUAAGCAACACGCGAGCUUUACCUAAAGGCUAUAUUGUUGGUCUCACUGUGUCCUACCUUGUUUACCAAAGCUUAUUCGAAUUCGAUUUACGUAUCUAGACGAGGCUAAAUCUGACCGAGAGCUCGUUCUCACGACUUUCCAUACCUAUUUACUAACGCUAGCUACUGGUCUACUUAGCCAUUUGUUCAAUGCUAAACCUAGCACGAGCAGAAUUAUAAGCCACUGAGAUCCAGCAAGAGAAUGUUGGAUGUUUGUCCAACCUAAUACUUCAACGGGUUGAAUUGACGAUAUUCAUAGCUGCAUUAAACAUGUGUGGGAUCGAUAAGUUAUUAUUUCUGAAAGUUAUUGUUUCAGAAAUAAGUUGAUAUUGCAAUGUGUUACAGUUUUGCAUAAUUCGUCAUCUACGCGACUCUCGGUGCAAGCGAAUAUAUUAGUUAGCAUCUUCUUUAGUACGCAGAAAAAUAAUCAACAUCUCAGUUAUUCAAGUACGAGAUAUAGGUAUAGAAAGCGUAUAUUAUUGCUAAAAAUAAAAGCUGUUUUGUCUAUUUUGUGGUCA